ACAGCUUUGUGAACUGAAGAAGCAACGAUAAGCAACCAAUGGCGCUAACCGCAGCUGUCACCCACGCCUCGCGCGCGCUCCCGCGGCGGCGCCACCGCCGCGCUCCGGCUCCCUCCACCCGCCUCGCCCCUCCCCUUACCGCGCCGCCGCCACCGCCGACACGUCCGGCGACCCUCGACCGCGUGCUCUCCGACCUGGAGGCCCAGCCGCGCCUCCUCACGCCGUCCCUCCUCGCGCCCCUCCUCGCCGCGCUCCCGCUCCACCCGUCCCCGCGCCGCCGCCUCGCCGCGCUCCGCGGCCUCCUGCCGGUCUCCCUCCUCCGCCGCCACCCGGACCUCGCGCUCCGCCUCCUCCACAUCCACGCCUCCCUCGGCCUCCUCGCGUACGCGCACCACAUCUUCGACCACCUCCUCCCCGCGCGCACCCGCCGAGAGCGCGCGUUCCCGUGGAACUGCCUCAUCGCCGGAUACGCACACGUCGGCCGCUACAACGACGCGCUCGCCCUCUACCUCCAGAUGGACGAGGAGGGCGCCCCGCGCGACGGGUUCACCUUCGAGAGCGCGCUCCGGGCCUGCGCUGGCGGCCGGUCCGCCGAGCUUGGUCGGGCCGUGCACCGCGACGCCCUGCGCGCCGGCCUCGCCGCCGACGUCUCCGUGUGCGACGCCCUCGUGGAGAUGUAUGCUCACUGCGGCGACAUGGAGAUGGCGUGCCAGGUGUUUGACGCAAUGCCGGAGAGGGACGCCGUCUCGUGCAACGUCAUGCUCGCUGGCUUGCUGGGGCACGGUGGUCUCUCUCCUCAGGCAACGGAGGUAUGGAGGAGGAUGCUCGGAGAAGGGCACAAGCCCGACUCCGUCGUGCUGUCGACGAUUCUCUGCCAUCACCCUGAUGAUGGCAAACAGGGACCGGAGGUUCAUGCCUGGGUGAUCCGCCAUGGGCUCGACACAGAGUUGUCAGUGGCAAACGCUCUGAUUGGAAUGUACUCCAGAAAGAAUGAGCUAGGCCACGCCCUGUCCGUGUUCGAGUGGAUGCCGGUCAGGGACCUGGCCUCGUGGAAUGCUAUAAUCUCUGCGCACAGCCAAGACUUCAGAGUUCUCAUGAUGUUCCGCCGCAUGGUGGACUCCGGAGUGCGGCCGGAUGAGACCACCUUUGCGGCGGUGCUCUCCGCGUGCGACAGUCUAGGAUUGGUGGAGGGCGGCAUGAGGCUGUUUUCUGAGAUGGAGAACAAGUACAGAAUUCAGCCUAUUCUGGAGCACUACACCUCUGUGGUCAACAUGCUAGGCAAAGCUGGGAUGGUGGAUGAGGCAUACGAGUUCAUGUCAAAGCGGAUGUGUCUCAGCAGUGAGCCCACUGUCUUGAGGGCUCUUCUACAUGCUAGCUCAGUACAUGGCAACAUCAGGAUAGGACAAAUCACCGCAAAGAAGUUACUCGACCUGGAGCCUGACAAUGUGCAUAAUUUCGUCACAGUAAUGAAGAUGUAUGAAAACACGGGUAGGUUGGAGGAGCUCGAGAAGGUGAAGAAGGAAAUGAGGGAUAAAGGGCUGUAACAUUUGGCCUGUUGGAUCAUCACUGAUCACAACUUCUGUAUAAAGCUCCAGCAUCUUCUUUGUUGCCAAGUA